ACGGCGAAAGAACGCCCGGGACUCCCGGCUGCCGCAGAGGGACGCGGUCGGUAGAGGCUCUGCCCACCCUCUGCCCCCUCUCUGCCCUCUCCCUGCCUCAGGCUCGAUGCGGGUCGGCGCUGGCCAUGGAGAAGCUGUACCUGGCGGGGAGCAGCGCCUGGACCAUCAACAGCUCCCUGGGGAACGGCAGCCUCCGGCCGGAGAACCUGAGCGCCGGCAGGAACAGCACCGCCGACCCCCUGAAGAGGAACGAGGACAUGGCCAAAGUGGAGGUGACGGUCCUGUGCCUCAUCCUCUUCCUCGCCCUGACGGGCAACCUGUGCGUGCUGCUGGCCAUCCACACCACCCGCCACAAGCACUCCCGCAUGUACUUCUUCAUGAAGCACCUGAGCAUCGCUGACCUGGUCGUGGCCAUCUUCCAGGUGCUUCCCCAGCUCAUCUGGGACAUCACCUUCAGGUUCUACGGGCCAGAUUUCCUCUGCCGCUUGAUCAAGUACUUGCAGGUGGUGGGGAUGUUUGCUUCCACCUACAUGCUCCUGCUGAUGUCCCUCGACCGGUGCUUGGCCAUCUGUCAGCCACUGAGGUCACUGCACAGAAGAGCUGACCGUGUCUCUGUCCUCCUCACCUGGCUGCUGUGCCUGCUGGUCAGCAUCCCUCAGAUCCACAUAUUUUCUCUGAGGGAUGUGGGGAAUGGGGUUUAUGACUGUUGGGCAGAUUUCAUCCAGCCCUGGGGACCAAAAGCCUAUGUCACUUGGAUCACCCUCAUGGUCUACAUCAUCCCUGUGUUGAUGCUGAGCGUCUGCUAUGGCUUAAUCAGCUUCAAAAUCUGGCAGAAUGUGAAGCUUAAGACGGCUCACGGGCCCAGAGUGGGUCUGGGCUCAGGCUCCCGCAGUGGGAUGGUGUUUGCCAGGGUCAGCAGCACCAGACUCAUCUCCAAAGCCAAGAUCCGGACAGUCAAAAUGACCUUUAUCAUCGUGCUGGCGUUCAUAGUGUGCUGGACUCCCUUCUUCUUCGUGCAGAUGUGGUCUGUGUGGGACACCAACGCCCCGCAGGAAGGUACGGCCUCUCCCCUCCCUCGCCCUGCCGUGCAUGGACAGCUCUGCCCGGGGCCCUGGGGAUGCCCGCAGGGGAAACUCUGCUCCAAGCUGGAUUUUGGGGGUGGGAGGGGAACGGGAGGCAGUCCUGAACGUGGAUAA